UUGCAAUCGGGGAAGGCAAAGAGGACCGAACUCCGCGAAAAAAAGUUACCAGCGCGGUCAAGAGAGCUGGCCCGACACUUUUGCCUCCGUUGCAACAAAAGACUUUCUACACUUUCCUAUUGUUGUCUUUUCAGACAUUGUACAUUUAGCUAUAUCAUCUAGGAGAGUCCAUGUUAUAAUAUCGUCAUCUUGGCCUUCGAACCCUGAUCCACCGCCGUCGGUCUGAUGCGUAUCUCGUUACUCGACAGCUAGAGUAAAUUACUUGACUCCGACCGUGCCUAUGACAUACCCGACAACUUCUCACGCCAGCUCUGCGCAGGCGCAUCUGGGUGGUGAGAAAUAUGCUGAUUUGCAACCAAAUGUUAUUCCACAGUCCAGAGAGAUGGGGGAUGUGGUGCCAGAGUCAUCGCUGCCUUCAGUCCAGGAUGCGGAGAGCAAGCCCACAGCUAAGCCAUUUGCGCAUUUCGUCGCUGGAGGAGUUGGUGGUAUGACUGCCGCAACCCUCACGUCGCCGCUCGAUGUCCUCAAAACCCGUCUUCAAUCAGACUUUUAUCAAUCACAAUUACGAGCCCUCCGCGAAGCACACCCACUUCCCAAGGCAGGCUCACCGCUAGUUACACUUCCACGCAUUGCCCUGCUCCAUUUCAGCGAGACCUUCCAGAUUCUGCGCUCGAUACACGUCCAUGAAGGGUGGCGCGCUCUGUUUAAGGGCCUGGGACCCAACUUGAUCGGCGUCGUCCCCGCGCGUGCUAUCAACUUCUAUGUUUAUGGAAACGGAAAGCGUAUACUGAGUGACUAUUUUGGCUACGCUGGUGCGAAGGAGACUCCAUGGGGUGUCCACCUGGCAUCGGCCGCGAUGGCGGGGAUUGCGACAGGAACGGCCACAAAUCCAAUUUGGCUUGUCAAGACGCGACUGCAGCUAGACAAGUCGAAUGCGGAGCAUGGAAGAGGCCGCCAGUAUAAGAACAGUUGGGACUGCAUCAAGCAGACUGUGCGGCAGGAAGGAAUUCGGGGUCUAUACAAAGGUCUUUCGGCUUCGUAUCUUGGUGUUACGGAGUCGUCCGUCCAAUGGGUCAUGUACGAACAAGGGAAGAUGUUCUUCGCCCGCCGCCAAGCGGCCAAGGAGGCUGACCCAGCACAUGUCCACAGUUUCUGGGAUGAUGUUGAGCUAUGGGGUGGAAGAAUCACGGCCGCUGGUCUAGCGAAAUUGAUAGCCGCAGCUGCCACGUACCCGCAUGAAGUUGUGCGUACACGACUGAGGCAAGCUCCCACCGUCUCAGUUGGAGAUGGUCAGGUCCAGAUGAAAUACACCGGGCUUGUUCAAUGCUUCAAGCUUGUGUGGAAGGAAGAGGGCAUGGCAGGAUUGUACGGUGGUCUUACGCCUCACCUUCUGCGUGUUGUUCCUUCUGCUGCUAUCAUGUUUGGAAUGUACGAGGCAAUCUUACGUCUCAUGGGGGCCACUUCAUAAGCCAGAGAGCUGGCUUAGGUUUUGCUACCUCCCUCCUCAUCUGUAUAAUACGACCCCCUCUCUUCUCUACCCAUAGAUUCUAUUGCUCAGGGGUGGGGUGAUCGACACUUAGCCCUUUUCUAGCCUUGUUUUUCAAGAGGACUGAUCGCAUUGCCGGCGCAUAAUGUGGGUUAGCUUUGCUUUGGUCAUGUUGCAGCCUGAAGUGCUGUUUUCUUAAGUCACUGAUGUUUCGACACGUCCGCCCAUGUAAUAUAAAGAGGAAAUUUGGAUGAUACAACUCGAAGCAAGGCGUCUCAUGUAAUAAAAGGAAGUUAACUGGUUGUUAGCAAGGAAAAUUAAAGUAACUACAUUAUUA